AAUUCUGAGUCGAGUUCACGCGAAAGCCGCUGCGUUCUGGCCGCGGGAAAGCGUGGGUUUUCAGUUCGGUUAGGCGGGCGGCGCACGCAUAUAGAAAACAGUGACCAACGCAAAUAGUAAUAACAUUAAAUUGAUAUCUGUGAGUGCUGUGCAAGUGAAUAUGUUUGUUUGGCUGUAGAGAUAACUAAGGUGUCACCAGAAUUCAACAUGACUGUCGUGGUGAACCCCGCACGUACAGAUUCUGUCGAAGCACUUUCAUCACCACUUUUCCAUUUUAUUCCUCUCGAGCUGCCGGUAGAGAUACCUGCGGCACCUGCGACACCAGCAGUACCAGCGACACUAGCAGUACCAGCGACACCAGCGACACCAGCGACACCAGUGACACCAGCGACACCAGCGACACCAGCGACACCAGCAGCACCAGCUACACCAGCGACACCAGCGACACCAGUAAUACCAACGACUCCAACAGUACCAGCGACACCCACCGACACCGACGACUACCAGCAACCUUCUGAAGAACCAACCCCCAGCGACGAGCAUAUUCAAAAUAGCCAAAAUAGCCAGAACGAAGUUAGCCCAGAAGCUGAAAUAGUCAACGAGAAUGCCAGCUCUGGUAGCGACAGCUCCGGUAUUCGCAUCUACCCAAACGCUAAUCUUUACGAUGACGAAUUACAAAGCGACCUAGUCAUCGUAGCUGGGAUAAACGGGGACACAUAUCGAUACCCUGGACAUCGCCGCGUACUCGAAUCCACUAGUCCAGUCUUCGCAGCUAUCCUUGCCGCCACCAAAUCUGACCUGAUUCUCAUCGACUACAUCGACCAUCGGGGCUUCGAGAACCUGCUCCGUUAUUAUUACUGCGAACCAACACAACUCAACUCAGUGCAGACUGCAAGAUCAUCUCUCGACGCUGGCUAUAAAUUCCUCUGCCCCCAGCUGACACAGCGCUGCGCUCGAAAACUAGACGAGAUGUUAGACGCAGGGGUCGCUUUAGAAAUAAUGCGUGAUCUACGAUAUUUAUGUGCCAAACUACCUGGAGCAGCUUCCGCCCCACCUUUACCAGCGCUUACAAAUAAUCGUGCUGCCGAAUUACUCGCCCAAUGUUCAAGUUGGUGUGAUAUGUUGGCUCACAACGCCCUUUUAGUAAUUGACGAAAAUGCGGAUGAAGCUCUCCAGCAUGAAAAGCUUGAAGACCUCACCUACGAAGACUUGUCGUUGAUUGUGAGGCGAGAUACACUUCGUGUUAGUAGCGAACUUGUGCUCAUUGAAGCCCUAUCGCGCUGGAGCACGGCCGUUUGUAAGCGGUACAAACGUGAACUAACGUCGAGUAACAAGCGCGCUGCUCUGGGUGAACUAUCCUACUCUCCACGCUAUUUGCUUUUAGAGGGUGAAGAGCUUGAUCGCGCUCUAGCAUUUGAGUUAUUACAGCCGAUUGAAAGAAGAUUAGUUAUAGCACGAGCGCGGAAACUAUCAGCUCCAAUACCAGUAGGAGCCCACCAAGAGAAUUUGCUGCGUCGUUGGGCGAAACCACGUCCGACAGAGCCGGCGGCGGCGCCAGUACACCUGAGUCCACGUUCAGAGCCUGAGCCCGAAGAACCUCAACCAAGCAAGCUGUGCGCCCGAAAACCGAAACGAUUGAAGACACCAAAGUAUCAGGUAAUUGACCGCAACUCUUACGCUUAUUACUCAAGGAAAAGGACCUGCUGUCAAAAAUUCGGAGAUGGAUUACUAAGAGCAUUUAUUUGUCUGUUUGAUUGAAUACGAUAAAGAGAGUAUAUUAUAUUAUUAUGACAGUAGAGAAAUAUAAUUAUAUAAAUUAGAUAUAAAUGUAUCAUUAUUACAUCUUUAUAAUGAUAUAUCUUUGUAAUGAUUAUCACAUAAUGUAUGCCGAUAGAGGAACAGUAAAUUGGACGAAGUUCCUGAAAAACGUAAAAAAGGCUACUAAGUCAUGAUGUCAUAAAGAAAGAGUGACAGUAGGGCUGCCAUUUUUUUGUAAUAUGAAUCACGUGACUAGUUUUGUGUUCAUAACUCAAUUUCGACAUGAUUGUGGUUUGGAACGUUUUUCUGGAAUUGCGUCAAAUUACAGAAUUUUAUAAUCCCUGUUCGAUGCAAUGCAAUUUAACCCUUCUUAAAUAGUUUUUUUAAUGUCAUUUGAGUCUUAAUUUAAGUUUUCUUUACUUCUGUGAAGCAAGGAAGGAGGUAUUGAAACCAUAGACUAUUAUACUAUAUUAUUACUUAUAGACAACCUGAUAAUUUGUGACUGAUUAUAUAAAUAAAUGUGUUACCUAGCGGUUUAACAUUCAAAAUACUAUUAUGGAGCUAAUAUCAAGCGUGGCUGACUGUUUACGACUUGUCAAUCAACAAUGGAUUCGCUUACCUUUUCUAUCUUGCUGUUUUUCAAUAUAUUCUAUGUCUGUGGUUGAGACCUUACAUUAGACGUCUUUAUCAUCGAGUAUUUACCCAAAAAAUUUAACAGGCGCUAACUAGCAUUUAUUUAAAAAAAUAUAUGUAAUAUAUCAAUCACUUCAGGAGAUAUAGAUAAAUUGUGUAUAAAGUGUGUAAAAUCUAUAAUAUUUUCUAAAAUGUUAUAAACAGAAAAACGUAAUGAACGUAGCUGAGCUACCAUUGAUUUUGUGUAAUGAUAUUUGUUUUAACAAAUUGUAGGACAAUUUGGCUGAAGAAAUUUUGGUGCACAAAAUGUUUUUUUUCUAGUUGUAUAUUAUGUUUAUUGUUACAGUCUUGAUUUUGUUGCAUUUAUCGAUGUUUGUUAAUUCAUAUUUGUUGCAUAGUAAUACAAAAAAUGUCUUUAAUUCUUGCUUGGCAAAAUCCAAAGUCAACAGGACAAAUUUUAGCUUAAAUUUUUAGUAACUAAGUCUAUUUGCUAGUCGUAUUUUAAGUACAUUACAAUUAUAAUUUAAUGCAGUUUUUAGGAUCACAGGAAUGCUGCUCUAACAUUUAAAUAGAUUUAUUUUAAAGAAUAUUCUAGAAAUAUUUCUUGGGUUAAUUGAAUGAAUUUGUUUGUUUGGACUAAAAAUGAAUUGAAUUGAAUUGGCUUCGGUCCUCGCCUGUCUUUUUGGGUAGUCCUACUAAUCAGGCGUUGUCCCGAAAUAAUUAUUGUGUGCGGCUUUAGUGCACUCUAUCCCUAAUAAGGGUGUAUGCUUACAGUUAUACGGUAUCGGUCAGUUUCGCUCAGCUCAGAUCUUGUUGCAUAUCUCACCCAUAAAUGGGCUCGAGCGCUUAUGUCGAAGGGGUGUUGGCAUUGACUUAGGACAUAGCAAAGGCCUUCGAUAGGGGGUGGCACAUAGCACUUAUUGCGACAACAUAUGGGCUUCCCGAGAGGUUGUACAAAUGGGUAACUAGCCUUUGGCCGAUCGGAGCGCCAAGCAAUCAACGGUGUAGCUCCGACUUAAAACUCAUAAGCACUGGUGUCCCGCAAGGCUGCAUGCUAUGCCCUAUAUGUUUCUUCUGCAUAUCAAUGAUAUGCUGCAAAUUAUAAUUAUUGAUUGCAAUGCAAACUUCAGCACGGCAUAUGCUUCCAACACCGGCCGUGCCAUCAUCUCCCGGGAUAGAAUCGAUGAGAACCAGAACAAGCUUGAAAUCGAGACUACGCUUUGCAUAGUCUCGGAAAGGGGUCGAUAAAAUUUAGUCCCCUACAACCUCACAAACUUAGAAACCUUAUCUUUAUAAUUUUAGUGUAGAUGGGUCAUAACCUAACCCAACCUAAGGGCAAACACAUUUUCAAGCUGUUCUUAUAAGAUCGUGCGACAUCUGGCCGAGCUAAUUUCUCAUUUAUAAAAUCAUCUAUUAUAAUAGGUUUCCCUUAUUGAAUUUCUUUUAAUAUAAGAUUUAAAUUGAUGUAUUGAUAGCUCUGUAGCUUUUGAUGGGUGUUUAUUGUAGAAUAGUACUUAUCUAAUGUGGUAGGUAUCUAAUGAGCUAUUUAUCUUUUAUAUUCUCAACAAUACUUAUAAUAUUCUAUAUUUUAUACCUUGUUUUAUUACAAUGCAAUUGUAUACCAAGCUUCUUAGACAAUUUUAAAUAAUGUUUUUUGAACAUUUAGAUUUAAAUGAAAUGUUAAAAUUUUGUUGUUACCAAAUAAUGUAGUGAACGGCAAGGCUCGUCCCAGCUAAAAGCUGAUUAUGUGUCUCAAACAUUAUAUUCGAUUUAUUAUGUAAGUAAAUGUGAUAAAUCUUAA